GAUGCUGCAAAGAUGUGGUAUAAUAUUCGUCAGCGAUUUGGUAAAGAAAGGCGGAAAGUUGUAACAUCUCUUAAAGGAAAAUCUGGGCAAGGAACAAAACCCGUGUAUGUGCCAAAAUGGAAAUUUUACGAUCUAUGUUUAUUCUUGGUAGACCAUAUCACACCUCGAAAAACUGUCAGUAAUUACAUGUCAAAUAAGAAUGUGAAAAAUACCACAACUAUUGGAAAAAUUUCUCCUUCUCCGAUAUUUAUAUUCUGCCUUCACCAUCACUUUUUCCAUUAUCUGCACCAAGAUCAAUACCUCCACAAGCAUUAUCUCCACAA